CGUAUGGAGACACAGCUCGUCUCAUCAGCUCUGAGUGCUCUGACUCUGGACCUCAGUGUCUGCAGUUCUGGUACCAUAUGUAUGGCUCAGCAGAUACAAUGGGCCUCCAUGUUUACCUGCUCCAAAACAGAAUAGCCAAUCAGAUUUGGAGGAAGCAGAAUGACCAAGGAAAUAUGUGGCACCUGGCUCAAGUGGACAUUGAACCAACCACACCUUUUCAGAUCAUUAUUGAGGGGCGCAGAGGAUCCAAUGAUGAGUCAGAUGUGGCCAUAGAUGAUUUGAAGCUUUAUCAGGGCCGCUGCUUAGAUCUGGUAGGUGGAAUUACAACACAAUCAGCUAGACCUGAUCUUAAUACCAUGGCGCCCCCAAGUGUCCCUGUCCAAACCACUGCAGCUCCACAGCCUCCUAUGCUCACUACUACCUUCCAACCAGCGAUAAUAGAAAACCGGACACCUCUGCAGCCAGGGUACUGUGGCUUCUUUCUACAGCCCAAAGACAUGCAGUUAGUGGGGUUAGGUUAA